CUCAUUCAGUUGAGCGUAACAGAAAAGGGCAGAGAAGAAGUGACGUCAGAGCAGCGACUAAAAGCCAACAUGGCGGCAGUGUUGAGGUUUGUCAACAAAAAUGCUUUGAACUCAGCGGUAACAGGACAACAGUACUACUCGCUGAGCUCCGCAGCAAAGGCGGGGGCGAGAGCAGGUCACACUCUCCCUGGAAAAGUGAAAAUAGUGGAGGUGGGACCCAGAGAUGGCCUUCAGAAUGAAAAGACUAUUGUCCCAACAGAGACCAAAAUCCAUUUGAUAGACUUGUUGUCAGAGUCUGGGCUUUCAGUAGUAGAAGCCACUAGCUUUGUGUCCCCCAAGUGGGUUCCACAGAUGGCCGACCAGGUGGAGGUAAUGAAUGGUAUUUGUCGGAAACCUGGGGUGUCUUACCCGGUCCUCACCCCCAACCUCAAGGGCUUCCAGGCUGCUGUAAUGGCAGGAGCCUCAGAGGUUGCCAUAUUUGGUGCUGCAUCAGAACUGUUCAGUAAAAAAAACAUAAAUUGUUCAGUGGAUGAAAGUUUGCAGCGCUUUGAUGAAGUAAUGAGAGCUGCUAAAAAGGAAGGAGUGCCAGUAAGAGGCUAUGUGUCAUGUGUUCUUGGUUGCCCAUAUGAAGGCAAGAUUGCUCCUGCUAAAGUUGCACAUGUGGCCAAGCGUUUGUACUCCAUGGGCUGCUAUGAGAUUUCCCUUGGCGACACAAUCGGUGUCGGCAAUCCAGGAAGCAUGCAGGCAAUGCUGGAGGCGGUGAGCCGAGAAGUUCCAGUCGAUGCGCUGGCGGUGCACUGUCACGACACGUAUGGCCAGGCCCUCGCCAAUAUCUUGGUAGCCUUGCAGAUGGGUGUCAGUGUGGUGGACUCUUCAAUAGCCGGACUGGGAGGUUGCCCGUACGCACAAGGUGCUUCUGGGAAUGUUGCAACCGAAGAUGUUGUCUAUAUGCUUCAUGGACUUGGAAUUCAAACUGGAGUGGACCUCUCCAAACUGAUGGAUGCAGGAGCUUUCAUCUGUCGAAGCCUCAACAGGAAGACCAGUUCUAAAGUGGCACAGGCCACCUGCAAACUGUAGGAAAGAACCAUACUGUGAAGUACCUAAUGAGCGCACUCAAACCAGACACCAUCAAACUGUAGUCAGAUACAUUAUAAUCAUGAUGUCGUCACUUUAAAGUUUUUUUAACACAACUAUUCAAUUUGUACGAUGGCGUAUAUGAUAGCACAGUGCCUUAAAUGGCUCAGUUCUUUAUGUCGAUGGAGGACUGGGUUCGUAUGUGGUAAUUUGGUACUGUUUUUUUUGGUUUUAGUUCUUGGUUGGCCAAUUCAGCAAAACUUCAAGUCACUGAUGAUGUCAGAAAAGUGAUGCACCUGUGCACUGAUCACUGUCUUGAAAUAUUCCAUUAUUUCACUUUGCAAGUUAAAGAAGCUAACAAGCUUUUUAAAUUCCAUUUUUUUUAUUUAAAAAUUAUGUUUUUCUUGUUUUUAUUUAACAGAAAAUGUGUAUAUACAUAUUAAAUUAAUAAACAAAUACUAUUUCAUCAAAGAGUCUGUUUAGAGUUUUAAUGAUAAACCGUGGUUAAAGUUGUAGUAGUACUACUGUUUUAAAUGAAAAUGAUUGUUAAACCGUGAUUAUAAGCAUUUUGAUAAAUUCCUGGACCUGUGACGGCUCAUAUACUGGGUUUCAGCAAGUCAAAUAAGACUAUUUUUUAAAGACCAUAAUGAAUACAAUUUAAAACAAUUUCACAUCCAUACUGACAAAAAAGUACAAGACAUGAAAGAAAACCUUAGGCCAGAUUGAACUAAGUAUAGCAGGGGUGUCAAACUCAAAUACAGAUUGGGCCAAAAUUUAAAACCAAACAAAGUUGCGGGCCGAGGUUGAACAAAUUAACCUUUUAAUAGGGACCCAAACAAGUUUUGCAUAGAAUAUUGAACAAGCAAGGCUUAUAUAACUUCAUAGUGACAUGCACAAUCGGGUUUCAAAUAAUAAUAAUAAUCCAAAAAUAUCAAUGGCAUAUCAAAAUUUAAAUAAAAAUUGAAUGCCUCUUUUUGGCGUAAGGCUUGAGAUGGACAGGGUUUGGUGAUAGCGGGGGUUGUAUAUUGUAGUGUCCCGGAAGACUUAGUGCUGCAAGGGAUUCUGGGUAUUUGUUCUGUUGUGUUUAUGUUGUGUUACGGUGCGGAUGUUCUCCCGAAAUCUGUUUGUCAUUCUUGUUUGGUGUGGGUUCACAAUGUGGCGCAUAUUUGUAACAGUGUUCAAGUUGUUUAUACGGCCACCCUCAGUGUGACCUGUAUGGCUGUUGACCAAGUAUGCCUUGCAUUAACUUGAGUGAGUGUAUAAGCCGCAUAUUUUAUGUGACAGGGACGGCACGCUGUUUGUAUGGAGGAAAAGUGGACGUGGCGACAGGUUGUAAGGAACGCCAAAGGCAAUGCCUUUAAGGCCCACCCCCAAUAUUGUUUUCCGGGAUGAAAUUUGGGAGGAGCACUGUACUUUGGGAAUCUUCCGGGAAAAUCGGGAGGGUUGGCAAGUAAGAGUAUUAGCGGUGAAUGCGGUGUUAUAGCGGUGGGCCAGCUCUAAUGUUAAUUUGAUAUUGCCUCAAUGGCCAAAUUAAAUUAGACGGCGGGCCAAAUUUGGCCCACGGGCCAGAGUUUGACACCCAUGAAGUAUAGGAAUGUGUUCAUUGUCUUUAACAUUAGAAAACAAAUUGUCUAAUCUACCCAAACCAGAAUCCUCUCUAUUAACUAAUAUUUGUUUGGAAUUCUAAAAUACAUGUCGGAAACCAUUUUUAUGAUUUGCCAUGGUUAUUUCAAAUAAUUCAUGUCCAGUAUUUCAAAGUUUUCUUGCGGAGGGUGCGUUGUGCUUCAUAUAGAGCAGGGGUCGGGAACCUUUUUGGCUGCGAGAGCCAUGAAAGCCAAAUAUUUUAAAAAGUAUUUCCAUGAGAGCCAUAUAAUAUUUUUUUUUAACACUGAAUACAUCUAAAUACGUACAUUUAUAAGUAAGACCAACAUUUUUAGAGCAAAUUAAGUCUCACAUCUUUUAAUAACAUUAUUUUUAAGCAAACCAAUAAUUAAUCAAAUACGUGUUGAACAGGUGCGGUAGGAAACGGAUGGAUAGCGACAGCGGGAAGUGAACUCUGAUGACGUCACAUAAACCGGAAGUUAAGAUAAGAAGCCAGAAUAAUAUUUAUUGUUUCUUCUGCCAUGAAAAUAUAUUUUGGGUUUAUUUUACUGUAUUCAGAACAUUUCAUAAAACUUGUUAGAGGGGAACUGCACUUUUUUGAGGGAGUUCUGCCUAUUCACAAGCACACGUUUUUCUUUUUUUAUACAUACUAUCUAGUAAAUGUUAAGAAAUGUCCGCUUACAAUAGCCAAUGGGAGUCGCCUUAUUUUGCCUAUAUGUCGCUUAAAUAAACAUGGAAACACCUCCAAGGUUUUUUAUACACGCUGUUAGUAUAUAUGUCAUGUUAUUAUAUAUGUCAUGUUUAUGUAUAUGUAUGUGUGAAAGUGAGUGUGAAUGUUGUCUAUCUGUGUUGGCCCUGCUAUGAGGUGGCGACUUGUCCAGGGUGUACACCGCCUACCGCCCAUAUGCAGCUGAGAUGGACUGCAACCCCCCCCCCCCGUGAUCCCGACAAAGACAAGCGGUAGAAAAUGGUGGCGACUUGUCCAGGGUGUACACCGCCUUCCGCCCGAUUGUAGCUGAGCGACCCCAAAAGGCAAUACGCGGUAGAAAAUGGAUGGAAUUUGCUCAUUUUAAGCAUACGGUGGCGUGUUCAUUUCCAAAACGCUUCCCGACAAUCGUCUUUCCCCCCCCCAACUUUAUCACUGAUAACAGCUCACUGCAGACUUCAUGAGGGCCAACUAACAUAAGAAAAUAUCCCUUACUGUACAAUGUCUGCUCUGACUGCUAGGAUGUUGUUAUAUUCCUGUUUAAAUGAAUUAAUCAUAAUCCUUGCAAACAAAAAAGGGUGUGUGCAACCAAGCGUCUUUUCGGGUCUUUUUAGCCACUUCCGGGUCUAAAUUGGCUGUGCAAGUGGACCAACUUAUCUGUUUAUGUCCACAACUUUCUACUAUCAAGGGGAGAGAUAUUAUUUAUAAUUUAUAAUCUAAAACCAACGUGAGACAGCAGCUCACCAGCUGGUGAUAUCAAUACAGCAGCAUAAAGGUAUUUCCAUGAGAGCCAUAUAAUGGCCACGGCAUGGCGCGGUGGUGGAGUGGCAGUGUGCAACCAAAAAGUUUCCUGGUUCAAUCCACACCUAGUAACAACCUCGUCACGUCCGUUGUGUCCUGAGCAAUACACUUCACCCUUGCUCCCGAUGGGUGCUGGUUAGCGCCUUGCAUGGCCGCGCUCCGUCAGUGUGUGAAUGGGUAAAUGUGGAAGUAGUGUCAAAGCGCUUUGAGUACCUUGAAGGUAGAAAAGCGCUAUACAAGUACAGCCUGUUUAUAAGGAAAGUUAUCUAAACGUAGGUCCGUAAUGUUAGUGCUUCUAAUAACAAUAUCGCUAAAAUGGGAUUAAUAUUAAAAUCACAAAAUGAAAAUGAACUCUUGUUGGUGCUUUUUGGAUGGUUAUUGGGUUUUACGGUCGCAAUAGAAGCAAUGACGUCAUGGCUCCAUUGUAAGUUGACUUAUGAUAAUUUGAGAUAGAAUGCAUUAAAACAAUUGGGUUCUUGUCUCUUAAAAGGUUUGUGAAUUAUAGAAAAAAAGCAAAAAAAGUGACUUUCACCUUCAAAAAGAUUUUAUAAUGUGUAAAACUAUUUUGGAGCACAUUCAACAUUGACCGUGAAAUGAAAUUUUAAUAUCGUUACAUCCCACACUGUUUCAUGAGGCGACAAGCACAUGGCCUAAUUUAUCCAUAUUUGUUACACCAUGUCAGGAUGUGCAAACAAUCAUUUAUACGGUUUGUGAAGGAAAUCAUUUAGAGUUAACGAUAACAGUCUUACUGCCGCACCUUGUACGAACCUGUCGGACGAGCAAGCUGAGAUUCUUACUUCCGACUUAAAAUUCCAAAGACCAGGUCUUGAUUUUCCAGCCAUUAAGUGACAUCAUUUUCUGUUAUCACAUCUACUGAUUGAUGCUGGAAGAGUUUGGGGUCACAGUAGUGUGGCGUCUAUAAGCAGUCCAGAGUCUUUUUUUUUUUUCAAUAAAUUUAAUAUGUAUAAAAAUAAACAAAUACAAAUAAUUGUAUGAAGGACUGUGAUGGAAACAGCAGUAUUCCUUUCUAGUGAUUUAAAUCAGCAGUGGGCAGGUUGUGAAACAGCUACUGAGGGGGCUGCAUGCUAGAAUGUACUUUACUGAAGAAAUGCAUUAAGGGUAUGCCUUGUAUCACCUCUAUAGGUCAAGUUAUGGUAUGGAAAAACAAGUUGGCAUAUUUUCAAGCUCGGUUGUCAGCCAUUGCCGUGUGUCCACAUUCCACAAUCACAACUACUCCUCAUUAAGCUGGGGCCUGCUUGCAGGCAUCAUUGUCACAUCAACGUGACGCUUGAUGAAAUGUACUGUGUGCGCUUGUGACGUUCAAAAGGCAGGUUCCAGAACAAUCUAUGUAAAAUUGAUCCGCUGUAGCUGGUGUGUGUUGUGGAUUGCGACUUGCAAGCCAAAGUUCAUAAGCUCAGAAAGAGUCCUAAGGUGUGCGCUCAAUGACUCAGCUUCCACACACACACAGAGAAACAAUGUGUGUGUUUUCAAAGCCUGCCAUAUGCGUCACCGCUCGUGGUUCUCAUCUUAACCUCCGCUUUGCUGGGCUCAGUAAGGAAUGGACAAGUUUGGUGCCGAAGACCGGAGUUUGUCAUCCAGCUUCAGCUUGGAAAGUCUGUACUCUGUUUUGUUUGCCGAAUUGAACGACGGCGGCUUGUCCUCCAGGUCCAUAUUGGGCGGAAGCUCAUCCUCAAGGUCCAUCUUGGACAAAGGCCGGACGCGAUUGUUGAAGGCUUCGUUUUGUGACCACUCGGGGAGGUUGUGGCUUCCCUUGUUGCGCUUGUUCACGAUCCUUAAGAUCCGCUUGGCGAUGAGGUAAAUAAUCUCGCAGAUGUUGAGGAUGAUGCAAAGCGCCGAGGCCCCCACCAUGAAGUAGGUGAAGACUUUCUUCUCGGUGGGGUGGCCGAUGUAGCAGUCCACCGUGUUGGGGCACGGCGACACCUCGCACUUGACCAGCCUGGGCAGGUAGAAACUGUUGUAGAUGUGGUGCAGGAUGUAAAGGAAGGCGAUUUCAAUAGCCGUCUUGACAAAAAGGCUUAUGAGGUACGUCCACCACAAGCCGCCGUGCUUCUUUCCCGUGUUGCUGUACAGCUUGGGGCCCUCGCCGUGCUUGGCUCGGUGCUUGCGCUCGCGCUCAUCGCGGUACGCCACGUGCAUCACCACCAUGAAGGACGGGCAGGUGAUGAAGAUGAGCUGCAGCGCCCACAGGCGGAUGUGGGAGAUGGGGAAGUAGUAGUCGUAGCAGACGUUGGCGCAGCCGGGCUGCUUGGUGUUGCAGUCAAAGUCCUUCUGGUCGUCUCCCCACACCCUCUCCGCCGCCACCACGUACACCAUCACCCUGAACACAAACACCACCGAGAGCCAAACACGGCCGAAUGCAGUGGAGUACUUGUUCACCCCGCUGAGGAGGGCUUGGAAGGUCUUCCAGUCCAUGUCUUUAGCUGUCUAUGUCCUUUUUUGGAAGUCUUCUUCUUUGCCAGGC